GAGGCAGCUGUAGACUACACACCUCUCAUGAGCGAAAACACAGGACUGAACUUGUGAAAGACCGCGUGUGCGUACUCGAGUCCGGCAACAUGUAUCCAAACCCGAGGCGCGCGUUUCGGAUUUUUUUAGACGCGUAACAGCGCAUGAAACGCACGUGUGAAAAGUAUGAUCGUCAGGUCGAUUGGGGAAGUGAGCACAUCACGUCUAUGAACUUUCACGAUAUGGACAUCCAGCUGAAUGCGACAAAUAACUCUGUAGUGAAGAUGAGUAAAACGACGCUGAAUGGUUACCCCAUCCCGGUCAUCAUGUUCAUAUUCGGGGUGGUGGGGAACGUUAUUGCUAUCGUAGUGCUUCGAAAGUCACGGAAAGAGCAAAAGGAGACCACCUUUUACACCCUGGUGUGUGGACUUGCCGUGACCGACCUCCUGGGCACGCUGCUCGCGAGCCCAGUCACCAUUGCCACUUAUGUGAAGGGAGAGUGGCCAGGUGGGAUGCCGCUGUGCCAGUAUUCUGGGUUCAUUUUACUCUUCUUCUCCUUGGCAGGUCUCAGUAUUAUCUGUGCCAUGUCCGUCGAGAGGUAUCUCGCCAUCAAUCACGCGUAUUUCUACAACCACUAUGUAGACCAGCGGGUGGCAGGCUUGACGCUUGGGGGAAUUUAUGUGUCCAAUGCGCUUUUCUGCGCUCUCCCCAGCAUGGGACUGGGAUCCGUGGUGAUCCAGCAUCCUGGAACCUGGUGUUUCAUCGACUGGCAUAACAAGACGGACACCACGACUGCCACUUUUUCCUACAUGUACGCGGGCUCCAGCUCUGUCCUCAUCCUCGCCACUGUCGUCUGUAACGUGCUGGUGUGCGCGGCGCUCAUCAUGAUGCACAAGCGCUUCGUGCGCAGGACCUCGCUGGGAACCGACCAGGGUCGCGUCGCGGAGAUAAGGCGCAGGCGGAGUUUUGCGCGGCUCGCUGCUGCGGAGAUCCAGAUGGUCAUCGUUCUCAUAGCCACGUCCACUGUCGUGCUCAUCUGCUCCACUCCUUUAGUGGUGCAGGUGUUUGUGAACCAGCUGUUUAACUCUGCGGCAGAUUCAACGGCAAGGCCAAACUCGGACCCGGACCUUAAGGCCAUCCGAAUCGCCUCUGUCAAUCCCAUUUUAGACCCCUGGAUCUACAUCCUCCUGAGAAAGACGGUCGUGCAAAAGAUCUUGGAAAAGAUCAAGUGCCUCUUCUGCCGUAUCGGUGGCCGCAGUCACAGGAGGAACACUACAGAUUUCCACUGCGGUAAUGACCUCCGCACUUCAUCGGUUGUGUCUCGUGAUUUGCCCUCUAUGGUGCUGCCCGAGCUGCCAGAGGUGAUCAGCACGUCUCAGACAUACCUGUACCCCCUGGAGGCAGGACAGGGGAUGGGCUGCUGCGGUGACUCAGUGCCGAGCAGGACGUGUUCGACUUCAACAGAGCAAACUCUUCUGCAGGACUCUCAGGUGGCAGACCUCAGCAGCAGAGAAAAUAGGACAGAAAAGAGCACAGACUUUGAGGAGUCACGUUUGUGUGAGCACUCCAACACAAAUGAAGUGCAGUGUUCAAAGCACCAGCCGCUGCAAGUGACCUUUACAGACGAGACUUUGAGCUUACAAGAGAGAAGCAUAUGAUCAAUGCUGAGUGAACUUGAAAACACACUCUGCACUUCUGCAGAGCAGGAAGAGGAAUAUGUAACCAGCUAGUGAGAGCUCUGCAGCUAAACCUCAAGAAGCACACUGUCGACUGAAAACUGAGGCUGUGGUCUUGAGCAUCUUUGUUAGUGACGCCACCUCCUCUCCUAGAGAUGUAUUAAAGAAAUGGAUCAAAUGCUGCUUAGAACAGGGAGUGUGGGACCAUAGGGGUUGCACUGGUGCCAUGACCCGGAUGGGAGUGAGGAUUAGGGGGUAAGUGUAGUGGAAGCAAGCUAGUAGGAAUAUCACUAGCAACUGAUGCUAGAAGCUGCAUUCUGUAGUAUCCUUGUUAGUGCUCUAACCUCCCAUCCUGGAGACACAAGUCUGAAUCUCACUUGAAGCAGUAUUAGCAGAGCUGCAGGGGCUACAUUGGUGCCAUGACCCAGAUGUGGGGAGGAUAGGGGUGGGGGAGUGAAGCUAAAUAUGAAAGCUAGUAUUGUGGGGUAAACCUUCUCCUAGUGUUGUCACGAUACUGUAAGUCGGUACCAAUUGAUACUGGAAUUUUAAAAACGUCCAUUUCCCGCUAACAUUUCAGCACGUUCUUAAAUCGCUGAUUUGCCAUUGUGUUCACAUGCUCAACAUGGCCGUGAAGGUCAUCAGUUCACUGAACUCACUGCUGUUAACUAAGUGAAACCACAGAUAAAGGGACAAUGGAGAGUUUUUAAGCCGCGAUUCAUCAACGGAUCGCAUGCAAGUCAGCUUAUAGACAAACCAGCUGAUCGACGUGACUUUGAAACGCUGUAGCUGUAGUUACACUUGGUAAACAGUGGUGAGUUCGGUGAACUGAUGACCUUUAUGGCCAGUCAUUUCUGUUGAGCAUGUGAACACAAUGGCAAAUCAGCGCUGUUUAAGAUCAUGCUCAACAGCGCUCAAAUGUUAGUGGGAAUUGGACGUUUUUAACAUUUCAGUAUCUAUUGGUACUGAAUUCCAGUAUAGUGACAACCCUACCUCACACCCCUGGUAAACUUUACUUUCAUGCUAGUAACUGGUUUCUUAGUGCAUCUGCCUCUCAUCCCGGAAAAGCCUGUCUGAAUCCCACUUGGAGCAGUGCGAGUAGAAACAGAGCGGUAACAAAUAUAUUUUAAGUGUUUGAUAUGUCAAUAUGAGCAGAAUUACUCUAAUGAAAAAAAAAUGGAUGAGAUUAAAGGUGCAUUAAGUAUUUUCUGAGAAUAAAAUGUAGAUUUUGAAAUCCUCACUAAAAUUGACACCCCCAAAUUCCCCAAAAUAGUAUGCAAAAAGGUAGAAAUCCCUUUAACAGGCAUAGUAACAUCCCAGGCUCGUUCUGAAAACGUACCUCUAUAUACAUUUCGGAAGACCGCGAAAUACAUCCUAGGAGGUACGUUUUUUGCAGUUUUAGCUUUCGCAAAUCCACUGUGUACACUUUUUGAGAUCUCAAUUUUCUCGCGAGUGUUAGAAUGUUAAAAUGAAAUGCAGCCAUACGUAUCUCAGGCUUUAUAAUUUGCGGUCUCCAGAAAUGUUUACAGGACUACGUUUUCAGAAUGAGCCUAUGUUGCAUCGCAACCAGCUGGCUGACCUUUUAUCUAUAGGUUAUCACUAUCGUAGGUUAUCAUAAUAUUUAUUGUGUGAGUUGUGUCAGUAUAUUAUUCAAUCCAAGAUGUGGGCCAAUUUUUUUUUUUUCAAGUAGUGCACCUUAAUAGGUUAGAAGCUGGUGCUUUAUGUAAUAGCACUUAAUGCUUUACUGUUUCAACAACAACAUUUUAGUUAAUCACAUGUCGAGCAGAAUUCAUGCAACAUUAGCAUUAACUUUCAGGUCUUUCCGUUCCCACCCUUUAACAUCUCUUCAGAACUGGAAAGAUUGUCCAAUAUUAACACGGGUUGCCAGAUCGUAACCCUUUCUUUCCACCUUAGUGGACACACCCCUUAUUACUAAUUGGCCGUAACAGUGUUAUGGUGUUCUGAUUGGACCAAUAUACUUUUACAUUUUUUUUUUCAGUUUCCACAGCAAAGACUUUACACAAGCACACUUUUCAGCACACACAAAAAACAGACAUGGGAGGGGGUGCUGAUAUCAAAAGUAUUUCUCUGAUAUAGCUUACUGUACCUUUAAAAUAACAAUAUAUUUACAAGAGAAAACCAAUCAAACAACCAAAUGACUAAACUAUGCAUGAAAAUGAAAAAAUGAUGCUUAGUAAGGUAGGAAAUUGAUUGUUGCUGCAUGCUGGAUCAAAACAUGGAAAACGUCAAAGAAAUAGAGUGAUGGGGUAAUGGAAAGGGUGAAUAAGCAGAGAAGAAGUACGAGGGAAACUUGCCUUAUUUUCUGGUAAUAACUCUAAAUCUAUCUCUAAAGAAAUCUGUUUUGUUGAGCAACAGAUGCAUUUUCUAGACUUCGAGGAGCUUGGCAAAGCUCUAAGAUAAAUUGUCUGCUUUGCAGGUUCUUGUGAAUCUCUGCAGAAAAAUGCCAUUCUGUUUUAGACUAGAUAAUAGAUGCUCCGGGCUUCUUAUGACUUAUCUGGUUGACCCAGGCCAAGAGGAUAAUCCCCCUGACACCCCCACCCCCAACACCCCGGAAUUCCAAAUCUUGAUUAGACUUGAUGAAUGACUUUUGUGGAUAGUACAAGAGAGCAAAUAUCUGCAGCUCAGCUUCUAGUUCCCCACUUGUAGGCAUUCUAGAGAGCUCUCUGUAAGGUCACACGUUCAACAAACCAGAGUGCCUUGUCAACUCUUCCCCAUGCUCAUGGUUUAAAAUUUCAUUUUCCUUAUGUUAAGGUGACUAGAACACUCCAUUUUCCACUCAUGCAUAAAUAACUGUCCACUAUUUCAAUCUGAUGUAAGAUGUAGCUAGAUAUAAUAGUACAUUGUCAUUGGAAUUUCCAUAAUAUGUACAAUAUGCUGUGAAUUAUCAAGCAAUUUCCUAUCUGUUUAAUAACAUUUAAACUGUCACAAAUUAUAUUGGUACAAAAAAAUGUAAGAGCACAUAAUACACAGUAUAUCAUUGCCAAGAGAGUUUAUUUUGGUUUCUUUUAAAGUGUGUGCAGAUGAUAGAAUGUAUGGCGCAGAGGUAAAACUAUAAAGCUAUUGAGAUUGUUGAAUGUUUUUUUGAGGUUGGACGUUUUGCACUUUUAAAUCCUUGUAACCACAGAAAAGAAAAAUCAAACUUGUCUUGAUUAGUGGUCAUCAAGGAGGACCCGUUGAGUUGAUCUGUACAUAUCUGUGAUGUUAAAAUGUGAAAGUCGUAGUGUUUUAAUUUAUUGUAGUCUUUUUUAGACAAUCUAUGGACUGUAGUUCUUCUCUGUGAGAAGGCAAGUUUGACAUUGUUCCACUAUGAUGAUGCAGUUAUAUGGUUCGUUUCAUUUCACAUUUUUUAUGUAUCAAAGUUUGGGCAUGAUUAUCAUCUGCUGCAUGUAAAUAUAUAAAAGAUUCAACAUUACUGUGUAUAUUUUCACCAUUUCAUUUUCAAACUAUGUCUUGCUUAUUACCCUUAAUGUGACCCUUCAGAAUGUGCAAUGGCCAGCUAUUUUAUGCUGAAAUAAACUAUUGUGUUGAAGACAAAUAGAACAUUGAAAACACAAAAUGCCUUAUUUGUUGUCUCCCUGCUAAAUGUUAAAAUAAGCACAGCAUUAAAAUAAUUAAGAAAAA